GCAACCAAAUCGUGCACCAUCGCGCAUGCCGGUCCAUCAUUCCCCUCCAUCGGCUCUCUCUCCCUCUCUUCGUCGCCCUCAAACCUCCCCCUCGCCCUCGCCCUCGUCCCAGACCACCUACUCCCUCUCCCUCUCUUCUCUUUCUUCAUAUAGCGAGCAUCCCCGCAGCAUUUUUCGUUCCCCACGAGCAUCCUCGCAGCGACAGCCCAUACAACCGUAACCCCCGGCGCAGACGGUUGCCCCCACGAGCACCCCGCCUAUCCCCCCACGCAACGCAGCCACCAGGUGAGUCGCUGUUUCCCCUUCAGAGGUCGUUGUCAAUUGAAAGGAAAAAGAAAUCCGCAGCGUUCUAGAUGUUUUGCGGAGAUGAGUUUUCAUUUGCUGGAGGGUAUUAGAUAUUCUGUCGCCGAAUGAAAAGGCUGCUGAUUCCAUUGAUUAUUGAGAGGAGACGAAUGGGGGGUUUUCUCGGUCGAUUCUUGUUGCCUCUGCUGCUUUUAGCAGACUGCGAUCAUGGUAUCUUCUUCUUCCCUUUGCCUUGUGCAUCGACGAAAAUCUAUCUUUCUAAAGCUUCUCUACUUGACUGGAGUUUGAUAUCUCUUAUCAAUAUGUUGAUGUUUAUUGCCAUUCAGCUUACUACUCCAAGAAGAGGAUUCUAUUCUUGGAGGCUAUUCAUAAUAUCAUGGUGUACAAUCAUCUAUUCUAUUCUUGCCAUAUUAGCUCAAAUCUUAUUUAAUAUCUUUUGGUGUAUUGAGGGAAAGGACUGGAGUGUGGCUCAUGCCUGGUGGGCAAACCUCGUUGGUUUCAUCAGAGACCAGCCGUGGGGAUCAACAUCUGUAAUUUACUUUCUAAUCAUACAACUAUCUGCUGCUCUUGUUGCUUUAAUCAACAACAUGGAAGAUAAACUCUAUCAAGAUUCUUGUUGGCUUAGCUUCUCAUUAGCAGUUCAUCAUAUAGGUUACCACCUGAGAUUUGCAUGCUGCUUGUUGCUGCCUGCUAUUCAAUUGGUUGCGGGCAUUAGCUAUCCAUCUUGGAUUUCACUGCCAUUCUUUGUAUUUAGCUGUGUUGGGCUUGUUGAUUGGUCCCUGACAAGCAAUUUUCUGGGCCUUUUCCGGUGGUGGAGGCCACUCCAAAUAUAUGCAUUCAUCAGUAUUCUUCUACUUUACAUUUACCAACUGCCAGUGAAGUUUCCAAGCACAAUCCAAGUAAUUGUUGACUUCAUUGGUUUGUACAAAAUUACCUCAAAAUCUGAAUGGCCUGAGCUUUCUUCUGGACUUUCUCUGCUUACAUACUUCUUCCUGUUAUCCUCUGUCAAGCAAGACUUACAAGACAUGGAUUUUGCUAUGUCUACGGAAAGUAAUAGUCUGACAAGACGCAACAGUUUGACUGAACGACUCCUACCGUCAAAACAUACAUUUUUCAUCCAUGAAUCCCGAUCAGGUGAAAGGAAUACAAACGUCCUUCUGAGGGAUUCAGUUUUCCGAAACUUCAGUAUUAAUUUCUUUACAUAUGGAUUCCCGGUAUUGUUACUGGCACUUACUUUUUGGAGUUUUAACUUCACUAGUAUCUGUGCAUUUGGUCUACUAGCAUAUGUUGGCUAUAUUUUAUAUUCUUUUCCCUCUUUAGUCCCAUUUCAUCGGUUGAAUGGGUCGCUUUUAGUGUUCAUCCUCCUUUGGGCUGCCAGCACAUAUAUAUUUAAUGUGGCAUUCACCUUCUUUAACAAAGAGUUCCAAAGGGAUAUGGUGAUUUGGGAAACUAUUGGUUUGUGGCACUAUUCUGUUCCAGGAUUGUUUUUACUUGCACAAUUUUGCCUUGGAGUCUUUGUCGCAUUGUGUAACCUUGUAAAUAAUUCUGUUUUUAUUUAUUUGCCGGAUAAUGAGCAUGGGCAAUCGUCCAAUGAUGAUCACCCAGUUGAGGCCCUUGAAGAAGAAGAAGACACAAUAGUGUUGAUUAUAGCUACACUAGCAUGGGGACUGCGCAAAUGUUCUCGUGCAAUUACUUUAGCAUUGUUAUUUCUUCUUGUCAUUAAACCUGGCUUUAUUCAUGCUGUUUAUAUGUGCUUCUUUUUGGUAUAUUUAUUGAGCCAUUCCAUCGAACAAAAAGUGCGACAGAUAUUAAUUCUCUUUUGUGAGGUCCAUUUUUCAAUAUUGUACAUUCUUCAACUUGAUCUUAUCUCAAGUGCUUUAGAGCGCAGUGGUUCCUUAACUAUGGAAGUUCUGUCACAGUUAGGGUUAUCAAUUCAUGCUACUAUCAGAGACUUUGUGGAGAUAGGUUUAUUAGUGUGCUUCUGUGCAGUGCACAAUCAUGGGUUUGAUAUGCUAUAUUCACUCUCAAAAGUCCUAAAACAUGCUCCUUAUCCUCCUCUUGGAUUUAGCAUCUUGAAAGCUGGUUUGAAUAAGUCGGUUCUUUUCUCAGUUUAUGCCUCAGCAAGUUUCAGGGAUGGUCAGUCUCUCAACUCUUCACAUGAUAAAAGAAUUGCAACAUACCUUGGCAAAGUGAGCCAGAUGUUUUUGUCUACGUAUCGCUCAUAUGGGACAUAUGUGGCAUUUUUGACUAUUCUCUUAACGCUGUACCUUGUGACUCCAAAUUACAUUUCAUUUGGAUACCUUUUCUUCCUUCUAUUUUGGAUAAUUGGAAGGCAGCUCGUGGAGAAGGCCAGAAGACGUCUUUGGUUUCCCUUAAAACUCUAUGCGACCAUAGUUUUUAUUUUUAUAUACACCCUGAGCAUUUCUCCAACCUUUGCUACAUGGCUCUCUCAUGUGAUUAACCUAUAUCCGGAGUUCGGAUUUAAUCCUGAAGCUUCGUUGCUUGAAAAUGUCUGGGAAUCCUUGGCUGUUUUGAUCGUUAUGCAACUUUACAGCUAUGAGAGGAGGCAGAGUAGGUUCAAGAUUGUAAAUGUAUCUGAUGCAUCAGAAAUUGGAGUUCUUGGGUUCAUUAGAAGGUUGCUGAUUUGGCACAGUGACAAGAUCUUGUCUGCCACUGUAUUCUAUGCUUCCCUGUCUUCAAUUAGUUUGUUUGGCUUUAUUUAUCUCUUGGGACUCAUUGUAUGUUCUCUCUUACCAAAAGCUUCUGGGGUUCCCUCAAAAUUGUUUUUAGUUUACACGGGUUUACUUGCAGCAACUGAGUAUCUGUUUCAACUGUGGUGCAAACCUGCUCAAAUGUGUCCCGGUCAACGACUUUACAAUUUGUCAGUGUUUCUUGGUUUUAAGUAUUAUGAUUCUGGAUUUUGGGGCCUUGAGUCUGGAUUAAGAGGAAAAAUUCUGGUAAUUGUUGCUUGCACCCUCCAGUACAAUAUUUUCCAUUGGUUGAAAAUGAUGCCAAAUUCUCUCAUACACAAGGGCAAGUGGGAAGAGCCUUGCCAGUUGUUUAUCUCGACAGAAGAUUCUUCAACUGGCAUAGUUGUUAAUAAUUAUGAAAGCAAGGUAUCAAUGGAUUCUAUACAUUCUUCGGAAAAGGAGAGGCUUAUUGUGAGCAAUACUAGUGCAUCUUGCAGAUUUGAUGGCUAUCAAACGUCAGAGUCUCUUCAUAAUUUUACAAGAAGCUCAGAUGAUAACACCAAAAAGUGGACAAAGUCAUUUGCUUACAUAUGGGGAAGUUCAAAUGAAAGUCACAAGUGGAACAAGGGGCGCAUCCUUGGUUUGAGAAAGGAGAGAUUAGAAAUGCAGAAAACUACACUCAAGAUCUAUAUGAAAUUUUGGAUGGAAAAUAUAUUUAAGCUGCGAGGUCUCGAAAUUAAUAUGAUUGUGCUACUUUUGGCAAGUUUUACCUUGUUGAAUGUCAUCUCAAUGUUUUAUAUAAUAUGUCUUAUCGUGUGCAUUCUCCUGAAUAGAGACCUCAUUCGGAAACUAUGGCCGUUUUUUGUUUUCCUUUUUGCUUCUGUUCUUGUUCUCGAGUAUUUAGCUCUUUGGAAAUAUCUGAUUCCAUGGAUUAAUAGUUCAAGAAAGACAGGAGUUCAUUGUCGUGACUGUUGGAACAGCUCAAGUAUUUUCUUCUCUUACUGCAUGAAGUGUUGGCUGGGGGUGAUUGUUGACGAUCCAAGAGUGCUUGUGAGCUAUUAUGUGGUUUUUAUCGUCUCCUCGUUUAAACUUCGUUCUGAUCACUCUUCUGGUUUCUCGGAUUCGUACACAUACCGUCAGAUGAGAUCGCAGAGGAAAAACACUUUAGUUUGGAGAGACCUCUCGUUUGAAACAAAAAGCUUCUGGACAUUUCUUGAUUAUGUGAGACUCUAUUCCUACUGUCAUUUAUUAGACAUUGUCCUCUUCUUAAUUCUGAUAACUGGCACCCUGGAAUAUGAUGUUCUUCACCUUGGUUACCUUGGUUUUGCACUGGUUUUCUUCAGGAUGAGACUUGAGAUAUUAAAAAAGAAGAACAAGAUUUUCAAGUUCUUGCGCAUGUAUAACUUUGCGCUCAUUGUCCUUUCUCUUGCAUAUCAAUCUCCUUUUCUUGGGGAUUUUAGUUCUGGCAAGUGCGAACAAAUUGAUUACUUAUAUGAGGUUAUUGGAUUGUACAAAUAUGACUACGGAUUCAGGAUAACAUCGCGAUCUGCAUUGGUAGAGAUAGUGAUAUUUUUGUUAGUGUCAGUGCAGUCAUACAUCUUCAACUCAGAAGAAUUUGACUAUGUCGCGAGAUAUCUUGAGGCAGAACAGAUUGGUUCUAUGGUCCGAGAACAGGAGAAAAAAGCUGCAAGGAAAACAACACAGCUGAAGAAUAUACGUGAAGCUGAAGAGGAAAAACGUCAGCGAAACUUGCAAGUAGAGAAAAUGAAGUCCGAGAUGCUCAAUUUGCAAAUUCAGCUUAACAGCAUAAGUUCUGCUACUACAGUGAGCAACAGUUCUUCACAAACAGAAGGCCUUCGACGUAGAAGGAUCUCUCCUCAAAACAUUGAUAAAGUAGCUAAUGUGCCAGAUGGUGAGAUUGCAUUUCCCAGAAAGCAGGAGAAUGUCAGUGCAGCAAAAUACCAUUCUUUUGACUUUGUUGUACCUGAUAUGCAAAAUAAUAUUGCAUCGUCGCAGGUAACAUCUGACUCGCUUCAAACCUCAAACGCUAGUGUGAAAAGUGAAAGCUCAUUUCCUGUGGAUUAUGUGAGACAUUCCUUGGAUCCUCUUUGCGAGAUAAGUGAAGUUGGAGAGAAGGAUGUUGCCAUGUACACUAAUUUGGACAAAAAGGAGAAAGAGAGAGGCCAGCAUAAGGAGAACCCUUUGAGAUCAGCUGUGCAAUUAAUAGGUGAUGGAGUUUCUCAAGUUCAGUCUUUAGGAAAUCAGGCAGUUACAAACAUUGUGAGUUUUCUGAACAUCGAGCCUGAGGAAUCAGAUUCCAGUGGGCAUUUGUUUGUGGGAGAGCGAGGAUUUGACGGAAUCGAAAAUCAGAUAACGACUGAACAUGAGCACUUGGAUCGUACAUCUUCAGUUAAUUCUAGCACAGGAGCUAAUCCUCCAACCAGCCUGCAAAUUGGAAAGAUCUUCCAGUUUAUAUGGUCCCAAAUGAGAUCUAAUAAUGAUAUCGUGUGUUAUUGUUGCUUCAUACUGGUGUUUCUGUGGAAUUUCAGUUUGCUAUCAAUGGUCUACCUUGCGGCACUCUUCUUGUAUGCUCUUUGUGUAAAUUCUGGUCCCAGUUAUUUGUUCUGGAUUAUCAUGCUUAUAUAUACAGAGCUGAAUAUUUUGCUUCAAUAUCUGUACCAGAUUAUCAUCCAGCAUUGCGGGUUAAGUGUACAUUUUCCUAUUUUGGAGAGGUUUGGUUUUCCUGAAAAUAAAAUAAAAGCCUCAUUUGUGGUCAGCACAUUACCUCUCUUUCUGGUGUAUAUAUCGACUCUCCUUCAAAGUUCUAUUACUGCUAAGGAUGGUGAAUGGGUACCAGUAACAGAAUUUGGCCUUCUUGGUAAGAAGAGCUAUUAUGAAGAAACCCGCUAUAUGAAUUAUGGAUGGAGAGACAAGCUACGGCAGCUGUUUUCACCUGUAAUUAACCUCAUUAGGUUAAUAUUCAUGAGUUUUUCUAGGUACUGGAAGUCACUAACGCAAGGAUCAGAGUCUCCUCCAUAUUUUGUGCAGCUAACUAUGGAGGUUAAUCAAUGGCCAAAGGACGGGAUCCAACCUCAGAGGAUUGAAUCAAAAAUAAAUGAGUUACUUAGAAUAGCUCAUAAAGAAAGAUGUGAAGCUAAAAUUCCUUCUCAAUGCCAUUCUGCCAGUAGAGUUAGAAUUCAAAGUUUUGAAAAAUCUUCAGAAAAGGACAGUUUGGCUCUUGCUGUUCUUGAAGUUGUUUAUGCUUCUCCUUCUGCAGGAUGCCCAGAAAUGGAGUGGCACAGAUCACUUACUCCUGCUGCAGAUGUAGCAGCAGAGCUUCAAAAAGCUCACAGAGAAGGACUUUUUGAUGAAAUGGACUUCCCCUAUCCUGUUGUAUCUAUCAUAGGUGGUGGAAAAAGGGAAGUUGACUUGUAUGCCUACGUAUUUGGUGCAGAUUUGGCAGUUUUCUUUCUGGUUGCCACUUUCUACCAAUCUGUCAUAAAGAAUAAAAGCGAGUUUCUGGAUGUCUAUCAGCUUGAGGACCAAUUUCCCAAAGAGUUUGUAUUUAUUUUGAUGGUGCUGUUUUUUCUAAUUGUGGUUGAUCGCAUCAUAUAUUUGUGGUCCUUUGCAAUAGGAAAGGUCGUCUUCUAUCUUUUCAACCUUGUCCUGUUCACAUAUUCAGUCACGGAGUAUGCUUGGUGCAUGGAACCAUCUAACAAGAACAUUGGAGGACUUGCUUUGCGUGCUAUCUACCUUACUAAGUCAAUUUCCUUAGCACUACAGGCGCUGCAGAUUCGCUAUGGACUCCCUAACAAGAGCACCUUAUAUCGGCAGUUUUUGACCAGUCAAGUCACACAAGUGAACUUUCUGGGCUUCCGUUUGUAUCGCGCCUUGCCAUUUUUAUAUGAAUUGCGAUGUGUACUUGAUUGGUCCUGUACAACUACAUCACUAACAAUGUAUGAUUGGCUGAAGUUGGAGGACAUCUAUGCAAGUUUGUUUCUUGUCAAAUGCGAUGCAGUUUUAAACAGGGCAAAACAUCAACCAGGACAAAAACAAAGUAAAAUGACCAAAUUCUGUAGCGGAAUUUGCUUAUUCUUUAUACUGAUAUGUGUUAUCUGGGCACCUAUGUUGAUCUACAGCAGUGGUAACCCAACAAACAUUGCGAACCCUGUUAUAGAUGUGAGUGUUCAGGUUGAUAUUAAAGCAAUCGGUGGGAGGCUCACACUUUUCCAAACUACUUUAUGUGAUAUUUUCCCUUGGAAAAGUUUAGCAUCCUUAGACAUUCUGGAUCCACAAAAUUAUCUAGAUGCGUACAAUGCUGAGGACAUUCAGUUGAUCUGCUGCCAACCUGAUGCUAGUACUUUGUGGCUGGUUCCUCCUGUUGCUCAAAACAGAUAUAUAAGAUCCCUUGGGCAGAUGGAAUUAAUGCUAACAUGGAUUUUUCUAAGAGCGAGACCAAAAGGAAAAGAAUCUGUGAAAUAUGAAUCUCCUGUUGAUAAUUGUCCCAGUAUGGAUGAUGUUGCACAAGUGCUCAAUGGGACAGCUAAUAGCUUUAGGAUAAUUGAUGCGUAUCCAAGGUACUUCAGGGUCACUGGCUCUGGUGAAGUGCGACGUCUAGAUACAACGGUAGAUUCAGUUAGCGGCAACCUUGUUAUGAACAAUGGGACUCCUCCAUGGUGGUCAUUCCAUGAUCUCAAUCCAUUAGAUUUGACAGGGUGUCAAGGGCUGUCUGGACCACUGGCUAUUGUCGUAUCUGAGGAGACACCGCAGGGUAUUCUUGGUGAAACUCUCAGCAAGUUUAGCAUUUGGAGUUUGUACAUUACUUUUGUAUUAGCUGUUGCCCGAUUUAUUAGACUACAAUGCUCAGAUUUGAGAAUGCGAAUACCAUAUGAGAAUCUUCCUACUUGUGACAGGCUGAUAGCUAUUUGUGAAGGCAUAUAUGCUGCUCGAGCGGAAGGUGAGUUGAAAGUGGAAGACGUCCUCUACCAGACAUUAGUGAGUAUCUACAGGUCGCCACACAUGCUUCUAGAGUAUACCAAGCCUGACUGAAAAUUUUCCUCCUCGUCUGAAGAGAAUCAUAGAAUUAGUGCAAAUGCUGCUCUGCAUUUCACUCGAAUACCAAGGGAAAAUGCUCAAGAAAAAUAAACAGUUGAUACAUGGGUUAUCUUCUGGUAAUGCCUAUAGUUCUUCACAACCUAGGCAUGUCGUUGGGGCUUGCUAUUUUUUUGCGGCUCGUUCUUUUAACUAACGAGUCCAUUGUACAUAAACAAGAAUUAAUAUAUUUCCCGAAACAAUUACUACAGCGGUAACCUUCGGUGAUCCUUACAUGUGCCGAGAGCUUGUAAUUCAACUUUGCAGAGAAAGCAAAUAUCCCUUUUCCAAGCUGAUAGUUGUUCAGCUAGUAGCAAUUAAAACUGAAUUCAUUGAUGUUUCACCUGUAGAUCCAAGCAGUUUGUAUUUUUAUUUGUUGGAUGGUUUUCUAAUUAAUUCUCUUUAUUUGUUGGAUGGUUUUCUAA